CAACCGUUUCAAACCCGGUUCAUUAUCCUAAAUUAACCACCACCCAAACCGAAUUAAACCCGGUUCAAUUCCUGUGGCGUCAAAAUUUUCUCCCUUUUUAUUUUUCCCUUUUUAAUCACUUUUCUCAGAUUCGAUCAUUUUCCCCUUUCCCAUUUCCUCGAAAUUCCCACAACUCUCGCCGGAAAAAAUGCCGGAGAUCGCCGCCGCCGUUUUUUUCUCCGUUUUCUCUUCAAUUCCUCUACUAAAACAACCGCCGUGUUCCUCCGGUAAAUUGUCUCGUUUUCCGUGUCAAUCGCCGAUCGGUUCCGUCCGGUUCGUUGCGAAAGCGUCCGGUUCAGGUGGUUUCCUUGGUGGUGAUGCACUUGGACCGUAUCCUUGGGAACCUUCUGACUCAGAAGAUCCUUCCUUGCACUGGGUACAGGAGGAAAAGAUCACUUUGUUCACUGCUGAUGGACUCAUUCAAAUCGGGGGCAACUUGGUCAAGCGAAAAAUGUCUUCAUUUGAUAAGAAGCAGGGAAAAUUGAAAGUGUCUCUGAGAUCUCAACGAUUUCGUGAGAGCAGUUACAUGGAUCCAAACCAAAGCCUCUGUUUGGGUGCUCUGUUUGACAUUGCAGCGACUAAUGGCCUUGACAUGGGCAGGAAACUAUGCAUAAUUGGUUUUUGCCGUUCUAUAGAGAUGUUGAGUGAUGUUGUGGAAGACACUGUUCUGGAGCACGGUGGAGAGAUUGUCUCUGCGGAGAAAGCCAGCAAGGACAAUUUGCAGGAAAAGCUAACCAUGACAGUUGCAGUGCCGCUACUUUGGGGUGUUCCUCCAGCGUCUGAAACUAUCCACCUUGCAGUUCGAAAUGGUGGAGGCAUAGUAGAUAAAGUUUACUGGCGAUGGGACUUCCUGUAGAUGUAAAUGUGUAAAGCUCCAUGGCCUUUGUUUGUGCAUUUGUAAAUAUUAUUGUUAAUUCUUCUGUACAAAAUUGGAAUAUGUAACUUAACCUGUGUACACUAGUAGAUGUUAAAGAGUAGUGCAUCCAUCCAUUAUUUUGAAUUGUAAAGUGGACACCUCAAGAAUGACAAAUUUACCUGUCAAUAAAAUUUUAGGUCGAACUAAUUUGGACAUCUAA